AUGAAUCGCUCUCGAUCCACCGCCACGCCGGCGACAAGCUAUACACAAGUAGGGGGGCUUUUUUAUCAGCUGCCCAAGGUGUCGACUCCCAGAGGCUCACAUCACUUCAGAAUUCCAGGUGCCCCGGUCACACCUGAAGUUGAUGGGUCUAAAACCGUCAGAUCGUCUAACCUCAAUACCCCCAUGCAGUCCUUAUUAAUUCCUGCUAACAGCGUCUCAACACCGAGACCGGCAGUUGAGCAUUCCGGGAUGCUCGUCACUUACCGAGCCAAAUCCACCUUGAACAACCCCACCAAGGUUAAACCGUUUACUUUGUCUAGCUCCAAACGUGGUAGCUCUGAGGAACACAUCAAGAAAACGAUAGACGAAUACCAUAGAUACAAAGUACGCAGAGAUGCAGAAAAAGAACGGGUGAAGGAAGCUAUGUUAGCGGAACGGGAGCUCUAUGAACGUGCAGAAAGGGCCGCAGCGGCACGAAAUCGUAAAAGGUGGGCACAAGAGAUGGCGUCUUCUCCUUACCGUCAAACACAACUAGACGACUUCUCAAGAGCUUUGAGAGCGUAUACUCCAACAAACAAGUCACGGUCGUCGACCCCGGUCUUGCAAACAUCUAAAGAUUAA